GGCGUUUGAGGAUUAACAGCGUGUACGUCGGAAUAGUACAAGUGGAGAAUUCGAGAUUCGUAAAAAUUCUCGAAUAAUUCUAAAACCUGUAUUGCAAUUGAAUCAUAAUGUAUUCCGGAUAUCACCGGAGGUCUGUGCGGAGUGCGGGGAAGAGGAAAAAGCUCGGCCCUUUGUUCGCGUAAAGUUCGUCGCUUCAAAAAUGAGAAACAAUACGCCUGCAAAACGUAUAUGCACUGAGGCGAUGGGUUAUACGAAGCAGUACUUGAGGGUGGGACAGUCGGCUAAAAACAGGCUGUUCGGAGUCCCUCCCGUCAGGCGCGGCCCUUCCCUCAACGCCGACAAAACGCCGUUGCAGAUGCUAGUUUCUCAGGAUGGACAAGUCAAUUAUAGCCGUUUAGCAGUUGUAACACUAGGCCUGUGCGCGGUCGCUUUGGGCAUACUGAUGUCGACUAUACCUUGGGUGGACUACUUAAUUCUCAAGCAACUACGGCUCUGGAACGGGACGCUGAGCUACUACUACUGGAGGCAGCCCGGGGUGCUGAGGCUGACCAAGGUCUGGGUCUUCAAUGUCACAAACCCGGACGGUUUCUUGAACCAGGGUGAAAAACCGAGACUCCAGGAGGUCGGCCCUUUCGUCUACCGAGAAGAUAUGGAGAAGGUGAACGUUCAGUUCUACGAUAACGGCACGGUUAGCUUUCAACAUAAAAAGAUUCUCAAAUUUGUGCCAGAAAGAUCUUUGAGGAAAGAUAUAAAAUUGGUUGUCCCUAAUAUUCCAUUACUGACUUUGUCGUCCAAAACAGCAAAUCUACCCUCAUUCAUGUUAUUUCCGUUGUCAAUGGCUUUAAGAACAUUUUAUGGAAUGUCUGUUUUUAAUCAUUUAACCCCUGAUGAGCUACUCUUUGGUUAUGAGGAAAAACUCGUGCAUUUGGCUCAUAAAUUUUACCCAAGGGGGAUGCGGCCUCCUGCUAAAAUGGGUCUUUUGCUCGGGCGAAAUACGACUCUUAUAAGUGAUAUUGAGACAAUAUAUACUGGUCAUACGAGCAUGAAAGAUUUUGGCCUCCUUGAUAAAUUGAACGGAUUGGACAAUCUGCCGUACUGGGAUGAUGCCCCUUGUAAUUCCAUAAGGGCUUCUGAAGGAUCUUUUUUUCCACCACGAGAUAUAACGCAUGAAGAUGUAGUUAACAUUUUUGAUAAGGAUCUCUGCCGAGUAUGGCCUCUUCGAUACAGAUACGAUGAGGUGAAAGACGGUAUAAAAGUCGGCCAUUACACCCCUGAUGAUAACUUAUUCACUUCGGGUGAUACGUAUGAAGACAAUAAAUGUUAUUGCCCUGGUAGUGAAGACUGCCCAGUUGAUGGUUUCCAGGACAUUAGCCCAUGUCAAUUUGGUGCACCUGUUUAUACAUCCUACCCUCAUUUCUAUGGAGUGAAAGAUGAAAGCAUAACAAAUGCCGUGGAAGGACUCAAUCCAAAUAAGGAAAAGCAUGAGACAAUUGUAAAAAUUCAACAGAAACUUGGAGUGCCAUUGGAGGCUCGAGUGAGGAUUCAGCUCAAUUUAAAAGUAACUCAGGCAAAUCUAGGACUCACGAGAAAAUUUCCAAGCAUUAUGAUGCCUAUUGUUUGGGUCGAGGAGGGUGCUGAAGAGCUUCCAGAUUAUUUGAUACGUUGGAUUUAUCUAUCUACAACCCUAGCUGAAUGGUUGGUGCCACUAUGCUCAUAUGUGACAGUGGCGUUUGGAGCAUUGAUCCUCGUGGGUGUGUUCAUCAGGACAUACAGAUCCAUGGUUUUCACCAAAGAAAAUGUCGAAUUGGGCAAAUCUAAGCUCAGGAGGGGAUCGAGUUUCUUUGUCAACGGCCAGCACAAGCUGCUCAUUUUACGAGACUCUUACACAUUGCUGCGGAAUCAGCCUUCGAUGGCAGAAACUUCAUUUAAUCCUGAAAAUUAAUGUAUAUAAGUGAUUUGAUAUCAGGUUAAAUGAAAUGCGUGCAAAGAAAAACCUUAUAGCUAUUUUUCAGCUCUCCUGAAUAUUUAUUUUUCUUAUAUUUAUACAUAUCAAUAACACUGUUGUUAUUUGCACUUUAUGAAAAAAACAAAAAAUAGCUUUAGGCUUUCCUUUGUGAUUUUGUUUUUGUUGCAUUGGAGGAUUAAACUUCUGUGAUGAGUUUUUGCUCAACUUGGGAUAUUUACAAAAGCCAAGAUACUUUCUAAUAUCAUAUUAAAUUGUAAAAUUGGCUCAGACAAUAGAGUAAAAUGUAUUUUAGUGCUAGUCGAAAAACUAUUGACAAAUAAGACAUAAAACCUCAGUGUGAGUAGUAAAUAGGCAUGUCUUAUGGUGAAUUUUAGUCAAUUGUAAAUCGGUUAAAACACGAGGUAAGAGUCAUUGAUGUAUCAAGACUACCUUAAUGUUAAUACAAAGAGUAUUAUUAUUACAAUUAGUUUAGAAAUUUUUUUUGUACAUAUAUACGUUAGAUGAUUAGGAUUUUAAUAUAAACAAAGUGAUCAUUGUAAAAGUUUGUUAUAGACGUUCAAUUUGUACUAGUGUAAUAAUCAUAAUUCUAAAAUGAAAACUAUUAAUGUGAUAUAAGUGCCUUAGAUUCAGCUAUUUGUGUAUUUUUAUAUAGAGAAAUAUUCAAAAAUUGAAAAUAAUUGCAGGAUAGAAAAAAUUUUGAGAGAAAAAUCCAUCAAAGUCAACAAACGUGAUUAUCUUAUGGAAGGACAUUUUAGAAUAAAAUUGGAUUUAAUUGUAGUGCAAUUUUAUAUUUACAGCUUCAAAAAUGAUCUUAACUAUAGUUUUUUAACAAAUAGAAAAUCAAAAUCAUUAAUAUUUUUAAAAAAUACUCAUUUUUCAAAACAAUUUCAACUGUCCAAACAAUUUUAACUUGGCUUUGAGUGGCAUAAGGUUCUUAACAUUGUGAAAUUUAUCAUAAGGUUUAAAACAAUCCGAAAAAGUUAUU